AUGAAGGUUGGUGUGAUUAACACCCAUCACUCCUAUAUAAAUGUUCCCAGGCCGGCAGUACAGGAUGCUGAUGUGGGCGUAGGAAGGAUAGAGAAUGGGAACAUGAGGUCUCUGGCUGAAGCGUAUGAUAGUUCAUCCAUAUUACAAACACAGGAGCAUGGGGACAGCUGCAGUGCUUAUUCUUCCACAAACAACUCACAGGCACUGAAAAGAGUGCUACAGAGAAUACCCAACUUUUUGGUUACCUUAAAAGACUGGGAGAAGAGGAUUUCCGAUGAAGGCUGCCAAACCUCAGACUCUUUUUUGGAAAAAAUUCAAGGUCCACAGCUAAGAUGGAGCAAUAAUUGUAAUAAUCAGAAUCUCUGUGAUGAAAUAUCAGAAGAAAUCAUGGAACAGCACCUACCUAGUGCCAUUGCACAGUACAAUGUUAACAACAACAGUAAUAAAGAUGAAGAAAAAAAGAAAAAAGAAAAGAAGAGCAAGUCUGAUGGUAAAAAGGAAAAGAAAAAGGACACAGAAAUGCAAAAGAACAAGGAAAAACACAGAAAUAAAGAUAAGCAUAAGAAGAGAGACAAGAAAGAGAAGGAGAAGAAAGAUCUUUUUGUUAUUGAUCCAUCAGGAAAUUUGUAUUAUUACUGGCUGUUUUGCAUCACAUUACCUGUCAUGUACAACUGGACCAUGAUCAUUGCUAGAGCCUGUUUUGAUGAACUUCAGAACGACCAUUUAGGAAUGUGGCUCAUUUUUGAUUAUAUAUCAGAUAUAAUCUAUAUUGCUGAUAUGUUUGUACGGACAAGAACAGGUUACCUGGAGCAAGGUCUGUUGGUGAAAGAAGAACUUAAACUUAAACAGAAAUAUACAGGAACUUUACAAUUUAAACUAGAUCUACUGUCAGUCAUACCAACUGAUCUACUGUACUUUAAAUUAGGUCUGAACUAUCCAGAAUUAAGAAUAAACAGAGUACUUAAAGUAUCUCGUAUGUUUGAGUUCUUCCAGCGAACAGAAACAAGGACAAACUAUCCAAAUAUCUUCAGGAUCUCCACUCUUGUCAUGUAUAUAGUGAUUAUUAUUCACUGGAAUGCGUGUGUGUACUAUUCUAUCUCCAAAGCCAUUGGAUUUGGGACAGACACAUGGGUCUAUCCAAACACCUCUGAUCCUGAAUUUGCCCGUCUGGCUAGAAAAUAUGUAUAUAGCCUCUACUGGUCGACGCUGACCUUGACCACUAUUGGGGAAACACCUCCUCCUGUAAAGGAUUCUGAGUACUUCUUUGUGGUUGUUGACUUCUUGGUUGGGGUGUUGAUCUUUGCUACUAUUGUUGGUAACAUUGGUUCUAUGAUCUCCAAUAUGAAUGCAGCCAGAGCAGAGUUUCAAGGAAGGAUUGAUGCUAUCAAGCAAUAUAUGCACUUUCGAAAUGUGAAUAAAGAAAUAGAAAAAAGAGUUAUUAAGUGGUUUGACUACUUGUGGACAAAUAAAAAAGCAGUGGAUGAACGAGAAGUUUUAAAAUAUCUACCAGAUAAAUUAAGAGCAGAGAUUGCAAUCAGUGUUCAUUUGGACACAUUAAAAAAAGUUCGAAUUUUUGCAGAUUGUGAAGCUGGCUUGUUAGUUGAACUAGUCUUGAAACUGCAGCCUCAAGUCUACAGUCCAGGAGAUUACAUCUGCCGAAAGGGGGACAUUGGACGAGAGAUGUACAUUAUCAAAGAAGGUAAACUUGCUGUAGUAGCUGAUGAUGGAAUUACACAAUUUGUGGUUCUAAGUGAUGGCAGCUACUUUGGGGAGAUUAGCAUCCUUAAUAUCAAAGGCAGCAAAGCUGGCAAUCGAAGAACAGCCAACAUUAGAAGCAUUGGAUACUCAGACUUAUUUUGUCUAUCUAAAGAUGACCUCAUGGAGGCUUUAAUAGAGUACCCAGAUGCAAAGGCCCUGCUGGAAGAGAAAGGUAAGGAAAUCUUGCUGAAGGAUGGGUUACUGGAUAUAAAUGUUGCAAAUACAGGAAGUGACCCUAAAAACAUUGAAGAAAAGGUCAUUCAAAUGGAAGGAGCAGUGGACAACUUACAAACAAAGCUUGCCAGGCUGUUGGCUGAGUAUGAUGCCACACAGCAGAAACUGAAAAAACGACUGACACAGGUUGAGAAAAUACUGAAAUCAACUAUGCAGUUUGAAUUCUCAGAUUUAGAAGAAUUAGAUAAAUAA